AUGAAUAAAAUAGAUAGUUUUAGUCUCAAGAGGCAACCGUCGAUACGCUCCCGGAGUUGUUUUGGCUCAAUGUUGAAGCCGACAGGUGAUGUACUUGGGAAAUACUUGCCCAGAACUAAGCAAAAAGAGAUUAUAAGCGAUCUAGUGGAGACAGAUGAGUUGGAAGAGGUGUUCAGUGUACUGUGUGCCAUCACUUUCCAAGAAGAGGUACUCGACGAAGUCUCAGACGAGGUGAAGGACAAGAUCUCCUCCAAGCUUGCCGGAUUGAUGGUCCAGGAGCACCCAGAUGGCUUCGACACGCAAAGUUUAGAGAUAUUCGCAAAAGUGCUGUCGCAGAUGGACGCUGCGUACUCUAAGAUGCUAUCCUGGAUUUAUGAGAAGCUUCUUUCAUUUGCUCAGGAUAACUUGUCGAAAUUUCAUGGUCAGGGGCUUGUGGCUAAAAGACUAGAGGGCGCAAGUGGCUCGCAAAGUUUUGACACGGAGUCUAAACCCAACAUCGUUGUGCUGCUCGACUUCUUAGAAAAGGUGUUCACCUUCCGGGAAGGACACGACCUUCCGCAUACUGAUCUCGACUUACUACUAGUAUACAUGAACGGGUUCAACAAUGAGACCGUUGCAUCGAUAAGUGCUAAACUAGUGAAAUGGAGAAUCCCAGAAAUCAGCAAGAACUGCGCGUUAGAUGAACAAUUUGACAAUUCCGUCUGGCAAUAUGUAAGGACGCUCUUCGACAUAACGACUGAAUCUUGGAAGAUCAGAAAUGGUCUUUUAUUUUUGAUGAGGUCACUUAUGACACGCACCGUGACCAAGUCGCUGGUGGAUUUUAUGAAAGAGAGCCAGUUUUGGGCCUUUCUUCAAUUCGGACUGGCGCAUGAAGUGCACGAACUGAGAAAGCUUUCCUUGUCUAUUUUGAAACUAUCGUUGCAGAAUAUGCCACAUGUGGAAAGCUUUACCAAUCCCUUCGUCGUGUGGUUAGAGCCUGCCAAGAAAACUACGCUCGAUUUCUUUAAAAAGUUCACGACUUUAUAUGAAAUUGUGGCCCUCGACACCGCCUUGAACCAGUAUGAAGCUGCACAUGAGGAUAUAUUGCAGCUUUUCCAGAGCACAUUGCUACCUCCCAGCUGGGGGCUGAUAAUCAUAUCUACAGGGCUUAAGGCCAGCAUGGAAAGCGUAAGAAGAUACACAGUCAAACUUAUGUUUGAUAUUCAGGAUAAAUCUGUCUUUCAAGAUAAUCUGACAGAAUUGAGAGACAAUUACUUACCUUCAUGUAUGAAUGCUCAAUAUUUUAAUGUGAAUGGCCAGGAAUGUGCGCAUGGUGAGGCGCUUUCUCAAUUUGUUGAGGGAAUUCUAGCAAGUUCUGUUGAAAAAGUCGAUGAACAAUCUGCAAGUAAGUCCUCAGUUGUUUUACACUCGCUCUUGGAGUCACUUUAUAACCAGAAAUCGGCUUUUGACCCGGCGAGAAUAUACGUCGCGUUUGGGAUCCUAAACGCCCUAAAGAAGAAGAGGCUUCAUAUCGUAAAUGAAACACAUUUUCAAAUUAUCAAGAAGCUUUUUAGCUUCGAGUCCGAGGAGGAGGUAUUUGAAACUACAAUACGGGAGUUAUGCUUGAGCUUUUUGAUGUUUGUCGACAUGGAGACAUCGCCAAUUUCGUGGAUAGAUACCAUUGCCCAAGAGGUCAAAACCAAAUUCGGAGACUAUAGUUACGUUUCAAUACGAAUUGAUGAUUUCAUUGAUGUUGCGGUCACCUCUUUUGACAAGUAUGAGGCAGAAAAUAUCUUGAGGGAAUUUAACACUGACGACACCAUUUUCCAAGUUUUGACGUUUGCAAUUUUUGGCAUAUUGCCAACUCAGUUGGAGCCUAAAUUCUUGAUUGAAGUGGGACGUUCAGGAGCAAGCUUAGCCGCUAUUGACAGUUUUCACUAUACAUCUCUUUUGUCCUCUCUACUGUUGGGAGACAAAGAUGAUUCUACCUAUGAAAACUGCUUUGAGUUGGUAGACUUACCACUCUUCAAUAGUCAAACAUGGAGUCUAGUGGACUUGAAUACCCUUUUCAACUCUUUGAAAAAGGAAUUUGGCCCAAACAAAUUCAAAUUCUUUGUUGAGAUUUACCGAAGAACAGUCCAACACAGCAUGAACCUUGUAGAUAUAAAGUUAACAACUGUAAUUGAAUUUUACAGUUUAAUUGCCGAUGACAUUCGUGCUCAUAACAAUGCCACGUUCAAAUAUAAAGACUCCAUCUAUGGCGACUACUUCACUUUCAUUAAGGCGUAUUUACAGUCCUAUGCGCUAGUUCGUGAUGAAAAUACGGAAGCCGAUGAAGUUUUCAUUCUUCUCAAAUUAAUGCAAAGAAAUGUCUCUGAAGAUAACGGCAAUUUUUUGGGCAAUCUUGCGGUAAUACAACUGUGCGAAUAUUUGCUUGAUACAUAUGUCGUCCCCACCCUUCAAAGCAGUGAAGAAUGCUUUGGUGACGAUAGGGCUAUUGUAGAACAAAUUAGUUUGCUACUAUCUGCAAUUUGGGAUGAUGUUUCAAGUGAGCGAUUAGUUCUUCAUCAAAAGGAACUACAUCUUGCUUUUAUCAAAACAAUGUUCCAUCCGAUGGUUUUGUUCUUUGCUUUGGAUGAGAGGGAGACCACUUUAGCAGCAAGGCUUUUGAAAUAUGGCCUUGAUAUUGUUGAACAAUCCUAUUCGAGGCGUACUCUUUUACCAACGUUGAGUAAGCGUUUUGAUUUUUUUGUACAAACCUGUGGUGAUCACUUCUGUGGCUGCGGUGAGGAUUAUGAUUGGAUGAUUACGCUAUUAGUGAAUAUCUUCACUCAAACUCAAAUGGAUACCAAUAUUUUUAAACUGAAACCUGUAAUUGCCACACUAUUCGAUAAAAAGCUUGGCGUAUUGCUUGACUCACCUGAGGGCCUCUACAAUAAAAUUUAUGGCGGACCAGAAGUUGCAUCCAGGGUUUUCGUCAUUGGAACAAUAAUGAACUCAACUGCUGAAUUCAAAGAGAGGUUUAUGGAAUAUUUAAUAGAAAAAGAUAAAAACUUUUUGAGGGCAAGAAAGGGCACAGAUGGCGCAGAAGAAUUGCAGAGGUUAUUGAAAUGGCAAUUGCUACUUUUGUCAAUCAAAUCUGUUUAUCCAGACCUGUUACACGAAUACGUCGAAGACAAGAUUGCCCCCAGUUUACUCCACGAAACGUCACCUCUUGUAAGGCUAUACAUGGAAUGGUUCAUUGCAUAUGAUCUUGUCCAUUACGACGGAUCUUCAGUCCCAUCAAAUGUUGAAGAUGCAAUGUUUAAGUUGCUUCAAAAUCAUACCAAGCCUAUACUUGCAAUCACUGCCGAAAGAAUCUUGUACAUUGCAACGAAAGCCCAGUGUGUCCUUAAACAUAAGCUGACUUUCUUGAAACGCUUCCUACCCCAAUUGAUCUCAAAUUGUACGUCUAAUAAGCCGUUAAUCAGACAUUUUUCGAACUCUUUGAUCCUUUCAUUUUGGCCAUCGUUGCAAGAGUACAUCACUGAUAGCACCGUUCGCGAAGUGAUUGAAAAUCUGUUUGAAAAUGCCAAAAGUACACAGUUGUACGGACAAUACCGGUCUGGUGACGCGAACGUUUGGGACCUCGAAAAUGACUUGAAUCUCACAAGUAUGUUUGGUGGAGUAAUCAUGAAGAUAUCAGAUCAUAGUGUUCCGUACAUUGAUGAGAAAACUUUUAGUAAAUAUUUGUCCAGCCGAGACCUAUUCCCUCUCGGCAGAGAUGAAACUGACUCGUGGUUGGCAAAAAGAUCAAGUAACAAAGAUAUUAAGGUUGCUUCGGGCAUGAAGAACUCGCCGUUACAAACAAAGAGUGGUGCCUGGGAGACAGUUAUGGAUGUGGAAAAUAGAACCCCCAACUCUACUGUAAGGCGCUCAGAAUUGAUAGUAGUCGCUUCAAUGGUGGAUAAGGCGCCCAAUCUCGGAGGUAUUUGUAGGCUUUGUGACGUCUUAGGUGUUGGACUGAUGACGGUGCACGAUAUUAGAGUUAAACAGCACCCUCAAUUCAAGAAUGUUGCAGUUACAGCUGAUAGGUGGAUGCCCAUCGAAGCAGUUGCUAUUGAAGACAUAGUUAGAUACAUGCGGUCCAAGAAAAGAGAAGGAUACACACUGAUUGGAUUGGAGCAAACAGACAAGUCCGUUAAACUUGAUAACCACUACCAAUUUCCUCCAAAAUCGCUCAUUUUGCUGGGGACUGAAGCAGAAGGCAUUCCAGGGUAUAUGCUGAGCGAGCUGGAUUUAUGCUUGGAGAUCAAGCAGUCCGGAGUCAUCAGAUCCAUGAACAUUCAGACUGCGACUGCAGUGAUAGUCCACUCAUAUUCCGCGCAGCACAUGUAA